AUGACUUUAGUUUAUUUAACAGAUGAUUGUAUUUAUUACAUUUUAUACUAUCUUCAAAAUAAUCAUUCAACUUUAUUUAACUGUUUAUUGGUUAAUCGAUUUUGGUGCAAAUCGACAAUUCCUUUGCUUUAUGCAAAUCCUUUUGCAAAUAUAUCCAAAAAAAGAUACCUGAUAAUCUCAACCUUAAUUUUUUGCUUUGAUAAAACAGAAAUUUCACAAUUGAAGAAUCAAUUAGGAUUAAGCCAGGUUAAUAAUAUUAUUAUUGAUGAAGGACACAAACCGUUAUUCGAAUAUCUAAAAUACUUGGAAGAUUAUAAAUAUAGUAUAAUAAAUUCCGUUAUUUAUGGAUGGUUUGCUAAAUAUCAUUCAGGUUUAUCAAGUUUUCAAAAAUUAUAUAAUGAUAUUAUUCCGAUAUUUCAUCAAUCAAUUUUACGUCAAAGUAGAAACAUUAAACAAUUAGAUAUUUUAUCAAGUUUAUUUUACAGAGAAGGUUUUAAAAACUUUAAUAUUCAAAAUCUCAUUUCAAAUUUAACAGAAUUAAAUUCAUUAUCAUUAAAUUUUUGUUUAAAAGGUACCGCAGAUAAUGAACUUGAACAAAAAUUUUUAAGAAAUAUAGCGAAUACUUGUUUAAAUUUGAGAAUAUUAAAAGUUACACUUCCUCAAACUCGAAGAUCACGACUUCAACGUGUCAAUUUCAAUAAUUUGAUCGAUACUACUACUUUAAAAAAGCUUUGUGCAAUUAUUAAAGAGCAAAACAAACUUGAAAUAUUUGAGAUAUGGAAUUGUAAUUCUUUAUUAAAUAAUAUUCUUUUGUCUUUAGAAUUUCAAAAGCAUUCUUUAGUUCAUAUUGAAAUUAUGAGUACUGAUUUUAGUAAUGUUGAUUUUUUAAAAAGAUUUAAUAAUUUACAUAAUUUAGAAUGUUUAAAAUUUGGAUAUUGUAAAGGUAUAUUAUUAAAUCAAUGUGAGAGUUUAAAUUUUGUUUCAUUUAAGCUCAAGGAAUUAGAAUUUAUACGCAAUUAUUGGAAUAUUGAUGUCACGUUUUUAAUGAUCAAAUAUCUAGGCGCACCAUUACAAAGAUUGUUUGUUGAAAAUCCUACUAUUCUUCUCAUUGAUAAUAUAUCAAUAUAUUGUCCAAAUCUUAUUUCAUUAAAAAUAAGAAUUAAUAAUGUCAAUAUUGAUUUAUCAUUUUUAUCAUCUUUAAAAAAAUUAAGAAUCAGAAUAUUAAAUAUUAUUAUUAAUAAUAAUAUUAAUGAUUUUUUUAUAAAUUUAGCAAAUAAUAUACCUAUUAAUAUUAAUAAAAUUUCUAUUAAUGGCGUGAAUAUUAAUGAGUUUUUACAAUAUAAGGAAUUUUUAGAAAAUUGUCAUAAUAGUUUUGAAAUGAUUAAUUUAAAUUAUAGUAUUGAUUAUGAAAUUCUCAAGAUUGUUUUAAAUUAUAUUGAAAGAAGUAACAAUAAUUUAAAGAUUAUUGGUAUUAUGGGAUUGGAUAAAAAAAUGAAUGAUGAGGAAUUAAAAUUAUUAGAUCAAAUUAAAGCUAAAGGAGUUAAAAUAGUUGAAUAUUAUACUGAUCCACUGUGUGUCAGGGAAAGAGUUAUCGUAUGUAAUAAUCAAUUUCUUUAUUAA